AUGUCAUCAUCGAACUCUCCGUGCGCAGCAUGCAAAUUCUUGAGGCGAAAGUGCACGCAAGAAUGCGUGUUCGCACCGUAUUUCCCACCGGACCAGCCUCAAAAGUUUGCCAAUGUCCACAAGGUCUUCGGAGCGAGCAACGUGGCCAAGCUUCUCAACGAACUCAAUGCUGCCCAGCGUGAAGACGCGGUGAACUCGUUGGCCUACGAGGCAGAGGCUCGCUUGCGAGACCCGGUGUAUGGCUGUGUGGGUCUAAUUUCCAUUCUUCAACACAGGCUGAAGCAAGUCCAGACUGAUCUCUACAAUGCCAAGAAAGAACUUGCCACAUACAUUGGACCUCAGGCCAUGCUACCUAUUCUCCAACCUCCCGGCUUUAUCCCACAGCAACAUCACCCGGGCAAUCCUUCCUCUUCCGGCGUGGCCUUACCUUACAACAUGUCGCCGGCGAUGAUGGGGAUUCCCACAGGUGGUGCUACGCAUAACGGCCAAAUGACGAUUCACAAGACCCAACAGCAGCAGCAGCAACAGCACCACCAGCGAGGCGUCUAA